UAUUGCCACGUGAACUGAUACAAAUUUCCCAUGACAAAAUACGUAUACAGAAACAGCCACAAAACCUUCACGUGAACCAUGCAUAGAAAGUCGAGGAGCAAGUGUACAUGUGUCUUUGGAGUCCACCCCUUUAAACCACCCACUCACUGUUUUCAGUUUGUUGUUGAAGCCAAAAACCAGCGAUUAAAUAUGAAUUUUUAUGAACAGGAAGAAAAUUAAAUCACUUCUUUCUUCUUAUUAGUGCGCACAAGUACUUGAGCUACUAGAGAAGAUCGAAGAAAAAAACACAGAGUGCUUCUUCAAUGAAGAACCAGGGGUGUGAGAUUGAAGCAAUCGGCAUCAACUACAAGAUUCAUACACAAAACAGGCAGCACCCAUUUCAGAUCUUCAGCAAAGAGCCACGAGAGAAUCAUCAAGCAGAUCGCCAUGUCCUGAAGGGCGUCAACUGCCGAGCCAAGCCAUGGGAGAUUCUGGCCAUUGUGGGUCAGAGCGGGGCCGGAAAGUCGUCCCUACUGGAAAUCCUAGCAGGGAAACUCACACCACAGAGUGGUUCCAUUUUUGUGAACCAAAAGCCUGUAGACAAAGCUCAGUUCAAGAAAACAUCAGGGUAUGUCACACAAAAGGAUACCCUCUUCCCUUUACUUACUGUGGAAGAAACCUUAAUGUUUAGCGCAAAGCUAAGGCUAAGGCUUCCGCCGGCUGAGCUGACCUCCAGGGUGAAGUCCUUGAUUCAGGAGCUCGGCCUGACCCGCGUAGCCGGAGCUCGAGUCGGAGACGACAGGGUUCGCGGGAUAUCCGGCGGAGAAAAGCGCCGGGUUUCGAUCGGCGUGGACGUGAUACAUGAUCCCAAAGUGUUGAUUCUUGACGAACCGACUUCAGGGCUGGACAGCACAUCAGCGCUUCAAAUCAUUGACUUGCUUAAGACCAUGGCGGAAACCCGUGGCAGAACAAUAAUUCUCAGCAUCCAUCAGCCUGGCUUCCGGAUUGUAAAGCUGUUCAAUACAAUUUUGUUGUUGGCUAAUGGCUGUGUCUUGCACCAUGGCACGGUGGAUCAGCUUGGCGUGAACUUAAGGCUGAUGGGCCUAGAGCUUCCUCUUUAUUUCAACAUCGUUGAAUUUGCUAUUGAAUCCAUCGACACCAUUCAACAGAACCGAAAAUUUCACCAAGAAACUCUGCCGCAGUUGCAAUCAACCCCGCAACAAAAGAAAGGAGAUGGUCAAGGUGAGAGUAGAAAUGGUAAGUUCACACUCCAACAGCUCUUUCAACAAUCCAAGGUCGUGGAUGAAGAAACAAUCAAUGUUGGGAUGGAUUUAAGUUUCCCUCUCAAAUUUGCAAAUUCUAGACUGCGAGAAACCAUGAUUCUAACUCAUAGAUUCUCCAAGAACAUCUUCCGGACAAAGGAGCUCUUUGCUUGCCGGACGAUCCAAAUGUUGAUCUCCGGGCUUGUCCUUGGGUCGAUCUUUUACAAUCUGAAAGAUGAUUUGGUUGGAGCACAGGAAAGGGUAGGUCUGUUUGCAUUUAUUUUGACUUUUUUGUUAUCAUGCACCACAGAAGCCCUGCCAAUCUUUUUGCAAGAGAGGGAGAUACUUAUGAAGGAAACAUCUUGUGGAAGCUACAGGGUGUCAUCCUAUGCGGUAGCCAACGGACUGGUUUACUUGCCAUUUCUGCUCAUUCUAGCCAUUUUAUUCACAGUGCCCUUGUACUGGCUCGUUGGACUCAAUCACAACUUCAUGGCCUUUCUCCACUUCUUGUUGUUGAUCUGGUUAAUUCUGUACACAGCAAAUUCGGUUGUGGUGUGUUUCAGUGCUCUGGUGCCUAAUUUCAUCGUCGGGAAUUCCGUGAUUUCCGGCGUCAUGGGAUCCUUCUUUCUCUUCUCUGGUUACUUCAUAUCAAAGCAGGGGAUUCCAAGUUAUUGGAUUUUCAUGCAUUACAUAUCGUUGUUCAAGUAUCCGUUUGAAGGGUUUCUAAUAAAUGAGUUCUCCAACUCAGGAAAGUGCUUGGAGUACAUGUUUGGGACAUGUGAAGUGAGUGGAGAAGAUGUGCUUAGAGAAGAAGGCUAUGGGGAGGAUAGUAGGUGGAGAAAUGUGGUUGUUAUGGUGUGCUUCAUAUUGGUUUACAGGUUUAUUUCUUAUGUUAUUCUUAGAUGUAGAUGCUCUCAAAGAGGGCUCAGGGAUGCCCUUGUCUGAAGAAUAUGGUGAAAAUCUCUCUCUCUCUCUCUCUCUCUCUCUCUCUCUCUCUCCCGAGUUUGAUGACGAGAUGGUUCACAUGUCUUGGACUUUACUUGAGACAGCAUGGAAAGGUGAAAAGUCUGAGAAAAAACAAUAAAAAAAAAAAAAAAAGGUUUUCAUGUGCAAUAUUUCAAACAUGAUGAUAUGUUUCUCUCUCUCUCAAGCACUCUAACACAUUCACCAGGUUCUUCUUUUUCUUCUUCUCUUUAUGGUUUAUGUUUUUGUUCUUGUUUGUACAUGCUUGGUGGACACUUACAGUACAAAAUGUGAUGGUUUUGUUCUGAACAUGACAAGAACGAAGUCAUAAGGUAACAGCGCAAAUUUGAAGUAGAUUAAAACCAAAUUAAUUUAUUAAUUUAAGCA